GAUACAAGGUGCUGGACCGAAAGCAUCGUUACAAUCAGCCUUCCUCUUCUUCUUGGACGUUCUGCACCGAGAGACUAGUUAAACUCCCGCCAUAAAGAGGCAGAGUGGGGAAUAGCGAAUCGCGGGUAUACAUACGCGAGUCUUCAGGGACGAAGAGAAACGAGUUUGUAAACGGGGCCAGUCGCGGUGAAGCUUCAGUUCGGCCCGAGAGAUCGACGCUUAAACGUUGUGUGUUUCUUCUUUAACGCUUACCGAUCGUAAACACAUUUCAAUACGCUUCUUACUGCCUUUGUUCUUUUUUUUUUUUAAUAUUUGUGCGCGAGUUAGAUAUUCGUAUGAGAAGCAAGACUGUGAACGAACAAGUGUUUGAAAAUGACUAUACGCAAGAAAACGACGAGUGGCGCGAACGCGAAAAAUAAAACGUCGAAAAAGGAAGUGGCGACGAGUUCGUCGAGCGACAUGACCACCGUCGAGACGGUGGAAGUCGUGUCGUCGACGAGUUUCGUCGAGGAGGCGCGACAAGUGGUGGAGAGCGAAUCGAAGAGCAGCGUGUUCGAGGUAACCAGUGCGAGUCGUGAAGUGAUCAUGGAUUCCAAAGGUAACAUCGUCAAGAUCAUCGAAACACCUCCACAGACCGUAGGUCAGACGGUAUCCUCUCAUAAAUCAGGCAAAACUUCCCAGGAUUUCAUCAAGGAAGAACAGGUACAGUCCGUGAAACAAGGUAGGUCGAUGAUCGAGGAUAAUGCACGAAACAAGGACCUCGAUGUUUGUCUCACGUCUGAAAGAGUCAGUAGUUCGUCAGAGACUCAAAGUCGCAGCGAAUCGCGUGCAGAGAGCGUUCAGAAGUCAGUGUCCUCGAGCACGAUCGUGGAGGACCGUCAUCAAGGUCGAUCGUCGACGAAGAUGGUCUCCGACGGUACCGUGAAGGGUGAACAACAGGUACCACAGAUACAGACGUCGUCUAAAUCGAUGGAGAGUAAACAAUCUAGCAAAGAAACGUACGAGGCGACGACCAAGGAUGGCCAGACGGUUUCAAGUACGUCGAAGAUCCAGGAGGCGGGCAAGAAAGUGGACGAUAAUGGACGAGUGACGGCCUCGCAGACCCGCAACGUGGAACACGAGACCACGGUCGUACCCUCUGAUCAGGGUCGAGUUAAAUUCUCCGAUGACGUCAGGACUAUCAGCGACAAGAUCGUCCUGGACUUUUCUUCCGGCGAAAGUACCGCGAAGAGCGUCGCGAAGACCGACGUCUCGCGUUUCAGCAAAUCUGGACAGUCUGCGUGGGACGGCACGUUUAUCGUCGAAAGUCCAUCACCGAUUAAGGAGAAACAGACGACCAGAGUGGAAAAAGGGAAAGUAGAUCAUACGGUUUCAAAAGCUGAGGUCUCUGAACGAGUUUCUUCGUCGACGGUGAUCCACGACUCGAAGAUCGUCGUCGACGAAGCUUAUACAGACGUGUGUUCGACGAGUCGCGAGCAAAUUUCUUCGAGUUUGGAUAAAUCUAGAGAGAAACAGAUAAUCACGACAGAGGUGCAGUCGAAGGACUCGAGUAGAUACAACAGGCCGGGUGAUUCGACUUGGGAUGGCACCUUCGUGAUAGAAAAAACCCCUGAACCCAGGAGAAGAAACGUUUCAGACGAUUCCGUCUUCCAUCACCCAGGAGCAGACAACGUUAUCGAGUCGACGCAGAGAUCAGACUUCAAAGAGAAAAGUUUGGAUGGUUCUUACGAGAAGAAAUCAUCGAAUGUCGUUCACGUGGUGCAAGGCGGCACAGAAUCGUCCAGGUUUCUAUCCGAGGAGCGUAGAAACGUCAGCGAGGAGGUUUACAUCGACGGAAAACCGAUUAGAAGCACCGUCAGACCUGGAGAAUCCACCUGGAACGGUCAAUUCGUACAGGAAAAACCACAGAAAACAUCGAAAGGUGACACAGUGGUCAGGAGAAGUGAGAAACGACACGAUUCCGUGGAUGUCGAAGACGUGACGGAGGAGCAAAACGUUUCCAGUACAUCGGAAUCCGUCUCGACGUCCUACGUCGUCGAGUACGCCACCAGCGAUGAAAAGAAGAAGACUGAAAAGGUGACUUCCGUCUCUGAGACUAUUCUCGAGGAAGAUUCCGAAGGAGGCACCCCUCGGCGACAGACUCCAGAGAAACACACGCGCGACAGGUCACCUGGGUAUUAUAGACCCGGUCAGUCCACGUGGGAUGGAAGUUUCGUUCGCGAAAAACCACCAGCUCCUGACCGUCGAGUAACCGACGUAAGGAGACCCACGGACACCGCGAUCAUCCGCGACGUGUCAGAGGACGAUUCCAUCAACGAGGUGCACGACACGAAAGUGGACGGUGUACCCAGCAGACCGGAAACACCUAAGGGAAGGGACACCAGGUUGACCAAAUCUGGUGCUUCUACGUGGGACGGAAGCUUCGUUCGCGAGAAACCACCAGCUCCUGACCGUCGAGUAACCGACGUAAGGAGACCAACGGACACCGCGAUCAUCCGCGACGUGUCAGAGGACGAUUCCAUCAACGAGGUGCACGACACGAAAGUGGACGGUGUACCCAGCAGACCGGAAACACCUAAGGGAAGAGACACCAGGUGGACGAAAUCUGGUGCUUCUACGUGGGAUGGAACCUUUGUGGUGGAGAAAUCACCAGAUACCAGGAGACCACCCAGUAGAGAGUCUGAUAGGCCUCGACCAGAGUCCAGACAGAGUCCUGUACCAUCCUCAAGGAGACACGUCAACGAUACCACUCUGGAUCUUCGGGAUACGCGAAUGUCCAGUACUUCCGAGGUUUUCGACAAAUCCUUCGUCGUCGUGGAACAGUCGACUCAUGAGAACUACUCAGACUCGUCUAACCUUGACUAUUCCACUACUUCCAUGGAAACGGUCAUCAUCCGCGAUGGUGUGCCUACGAGUACCCGGAAGACUGUGACGAUCGAGGGACCCAUAGGUCCUGAGAAAUCCUUGGAAUACCAACCUGAGUCCACUCAGAAACGUCCCCAGAGUCCUGAUAAGGGAGAUCGUUCUAUCAGACCUUCGAAACCUGGCGCCUCCACUUGGGAUGGUUCGUUUGUGUACGAAAAACCAGCUGAUAAAACACCGACAGAUGUUUCUAAGAAACCAAGUCAAAAGAAACCUACUGACACUAGAAAACCUGAAGAUUCAACUUAUUUCACUGAAAAAUCCAUCACUCUGGAGGACACUUCCAGGGACGUUCAAAAAUCCGAAUUCGUCUCUUCUAGCACUCUCGAACAUACAACUAAAGACUCGCAAUUUUCCACCACAUAUCUUCAUGAAAUUGACGAUAAAAGGAGUCCCAUUGAACCUGGAAAAAUACCUGGACGCGAAACUCCUCGGUUACCCACGGACAAACACCCUGAAGAUACCAAGAAGGAUUCUUAUAAAGUUUCUACGACGAUCGUCCGUGAAAUUGACGAGAAGAAAACUCCUACCGAGCCUAAAGAUAGAAAAAAGUCUCCCGAAGAUCGUGCCAAGAGUCCUGAAAAAUGGGACAGGUCCACGAGACCAACCAAACCUGGUGAGUCCACCUGGGAUGGUUCCUUCGUGUACGAAAAACCUGAGGACCAAAAGAAGAAACCCACAGACGAUAAAAAGGGGCCGAAAGAAUUGUCCCCUAAGCCUAAAGACGACAAACCUAUCCCUUUAGCUCCGAGAAAAGAUGAUACCAAUAUUUCCAUAGUUAAACACGAGGUGACGGAUGUAAGAGAUGUUAAGGAUGAUAAGACUGACAUUGAGGUGGUUCAGAGUUCUUACGUAAUCGAUCAAUCGUCCAGUUUCACCUCGGUGCAGGACGUCCGUGAUAUUGUCGAGGAACGUGUCAUCAGCGAAUUUACAACGGACACGCGGGAAGAAUUGAGAGAUGUCACUAAAUCAACGAGCGAUUUCAUCGACAAAGUGCAGGUGACUAGUAUGGUAGCCCGGGAUGUCGUUGACGACGCCCGGUACGACAGAAUCACCACCAGUACACCCCUCGAUACCCCGCGAAAAAGCUCACCAGAACGACCCGGAUAUCCUCGUGGAAUCCCUGGACUCCGGGAGGACGAUCGACCGAAACCGAUACCAGCUGCAGGGAAACCGAGUCGACCUACGAAGCGCGAACAAAGUCCUGUCGAAACGAGAAGACCACCUGGGACCAGGCCAAGAUCACCGGAAAAGCCGCGCGAUUAUGUUUCCCCGUCGAGCAAACCUGCUGCAGGUAAACCGAGUCGCCAGGAAUCGUCUGCGGUUCCUGAAAAACCGACUCGACCGGAGGACAAACCGAAGAGAGGUGAUCAGACUCCUGAUUCCUUGGACGAGGACAGCGUCCAGCCUGGAAAGAUACCCGACAUACUGUCGAAGAUUCCUCUGAAGGAGCAGUGCAUCUGCGAACUGUGCACCUGCGGACGACAUCGUUGCCCGCACAAUUUACCUCAAGAUCACUUGGAUUUUCCUCGAGACGAGCCGAUACGGGCGGUGACUUCUUACCGUGAAGAAUUCGAUGAGAAAAGGGUUGAUAGACAGACCAUACAUCACCAUGAAGACCAUCUUCGUUUGGAAGGAGAUUUCAUCGGACAAAGACGAACCGAUUACGUGGCGACGAGAGGGGAGACAGCGCCGGUGAGGAAGCCACAGGAUAACUUGAAACCGGAGGGUGAAUUCAUUGGAAGGCCCAAAGAGGAAGCUCCCAAGUAUGGAGAUCGUGCACCAGUCAGGAGACCCCAGGACAAUCUCCGACCUGAGGGAGAAUUCGACAGUACUACCACCACGGAGCUGGUGUUUACCGGAACACCCGGCGAACGACCAAUCCCUAUACGCCGCAACACCUACACGAAGGUCGAGGGUGAAUUUAUCGACGAAACCACUGCAAGAUCCGAGUACAUCGAUCAUCGAACCGUACAACGGGCCGAGAUCAUCAAGCGAACGGACAACCUCACAGUGGGAGAGGGUGAAUUCACGGGUACCUCUCAUCUCAAAGAGGAUUUCCAUAGCUACGAUAACGUCGAGAGGCAGCCUCGACGACGAAUCACCUACACGGACGAAGAUGACCGGUUUUACAGCAAGACCGAUACAAUGGAGAGCACCACGACCACGCAGGAAGAAUAUAAAAGCUUUGAUCAAACUGAUUACCGAAGCACAGCUGUGAUUAGAAGAGAUGACAAUUUGAAACCCGAAGGACCUUUCGAAGGUGUACCACAAACGAAGGACGACUACGUUGUGCCGGCUAUAACCAGGCGACCGGAACCACAGAGGCCCAAGGAUAAUCUGAAAUCAGAGGGACCUUUCGAAGGAAGGCCGAAGGAUGAUUACGUGCCAACCAGAGGUGAAAGAGCAGAAGUAAAGAGACCACAGGAUAAUCUGAAACCGGAAGGUCCUUUCGAAGGACGCCCUAAGGAUGAUUUCACACCGAAACGUGCAGAGAGACCCGAGGUUAAGAGACCGGAAGAUAAUUUGAAAUCCGAAGGUCCCUUUGAAGGGCGACCUAAGGAUGAUUAUAUGCCUACUAGAGGCGAAAGAGCUGAUGUCAAACGACCACAGGAUAAUUUGAAACCUGAAGGACCAUUCGAAGGACGACCUAAGGAUGAUUAUAUGCCUACCAGAGGCGAGAGAGCUGAUGUCAAACGACCACAGGAUAAUUUGAAGCCUGAAGGACCAUUUGAAGGACGACCUAAGGAUGAUUAUUCUCCAAAACGUGCUGAACGUCCGGAAGUAAAGAGACCUGAAGACAACCUUCGUCCUGAAGGUCAGUUUGAAGGUCGUCCAAAGGAUGACUAUUCUCCAAAACGUGCUGAGCGUCCAGAAGUAAAGAGACCUGAAGACAACCUUCGUCCUGAGGGUCCUUUCGAAGGACGUCCAAAGGAUGACUACAAACCAACAAGGGGUGAACGGGCUGAUGUAAAACGACCUCAGGAUAACCUGAAACCUGAAGGACCAUUCGAGGGAAGACCAAAGGACGAUUACUCACCUAAGAGAGCAGAACGUCCAGAUGUAAAAAGACCUCAGGAUAACUUGAAACCAGAGGGAUCUUUCGAGGGACGACCGAAAGAUGACUUUACACCGAAAACUGCAGAACGUCCAGAAGUUAAAAGACCUCAGGACAAUCUCCGACCUGAAGGAGAAUUUGAAGAUCAUCCCCGGGACGUGUACACACCUGGUGAGAGGCGUACUCCUAUCAGACACCCGGAUCAUUUGUUCCCUGAAGGAGAAUUUGAAGAUCAUCCCCGGGACGUGUACACUCCUGGUGAGAGGCGUACUCCUAUCAGACACUCGGAUCAUUUGUUUCCUGAAGGAGAAUUUGAAGAUCAUCCCCGAGACGCGUACACUCCUGGUGAGAGGCGUACUCCUAUAAGACAUCCGGAUCAUUUAUUUCCUGAAGGAGAAUUCGAAAGACCUACGCCUCUACCUUAUGGUCCUGGUGAAAGGGCGGCCAUCGUUCGUCAUCCGGAUAACUUGUUCCCUGAAGGUGCUUUCCCAGACAGAGAACGCGUUCCAUUCACUCCUGCGGAAAGAAGAACACCUAUUAAACAUUAUGAUAACCUUCGUCCUGAAGGUCCCUUCGAGGGACGUCCGAAGGAUGAUUAUAAACCAACGAGAGGUGAAAGAGCUGACGUGAAACGUCCGGAGGAUAACUUAAAACCGGAAGGUCCAUUCGAAGGAAGACCAAAGGACGACUUCUCUCCCAAGAGAGCAGAACGUCCUGAGGUUAAGAGGCCUCAAGAUAAUUUGAAACCAGAAGGUCCCUUCGAAGGGCGUCCAAAGGAUGAUUAUAAACCUACCAGAGGUGAGAGAGCUGACGUAAAACGUCCAGUGGAUAACCUAAAACCUGAGGGUCCCUUCGAAGGAAGACCAAAAGACGACUUCUCUCCGAAGAGAGCAGAACGUCCCGAGGUUAAGAGGCCUCAAGAUAAUUUGAAACCAGAAGGUCCCUUCGAAGGGCGUCCAAAGGAUGAUUAUAAACCUACCAGAGGUGAAAGAGCUGACGUGAAACGUCCAGAGGAUAACCUGAAACCUGAGGGUCCCUUCGAAGGAAGACCAAAGGACGACUUCUCUCCAAAGAGAGCUGAACGUCCAGAGGUUAAGAGACCUCAAGACAAUUUAUAUCCUGAGGGUGAAUUCGAAAGACCAGAGAAGCCUUCGGUGGGCCCCGCGGAAAGACGAACACCUAUUAAACAUUCGGAUAACUUGAGACCGGAAGGCGACUUUGAACGACCCGAUCACGAAGAGUACCGUCCUGCUGAAAGACCCGAAGUGAAGAAACCUAAGGAUAACUUGAAACCAGAAGGAGACUUCGAACGUCCUCAUCCAGAGAAAUUUAGUCCAGCUGAAAGACGAACACCGAUUAAACAUUUGGAUAACUUGAGACCGGAAGGCGACUUUGAACGACCCGAUCACGAAGAGUACCGUCCUGCUGAAAGACCCGAAGUGAAGAAACCUAAGGAUAACUUGAAACCAGAAGGAGACUUCGAACGUCCUCAUCCAGAGAAAUUUAGUCCAGCUGAAAGACGAACACCUAUUAAACAUUUGGAUAACUUGAGACCGGAAGGCGACUUUGAACGACCCGAUCACGAAGAAUACCGUCCUGCUGAAAGACCCGAAGUGAAGAAACCUAAGGAUAACUUGAAACCAGAAGGAGACUUCGAGCGUCCUCGUCCAGAGAAGUUCAGUCCAGCCGAAAAACGAACACCGAUUAAACAUUUGGAUAAUUUGAGACCGGAAGGCGACUUUGAACGACCCGAUCACGAAGAAUACCGUCCGGCUGAAAGGCCCGAGGCGAAGAAACCUAAGGAUAACUUGAAACCAGAAGGAGAUUUCGAGCGUCCACGUCCAGAGAAAUUUAGUCCAGCCGAAAGACGAACACCUAUCAAACAUUCGGAUAACUUGAGACCGGAAGGCGACUUUGAACGACCUGAUCACGAAGAAUACCGUCCUGCUGAAAGACCCGAAGUGAAGAAACCUAAGGAUAAUUUGAAACCAGAAGGAGACUUUGAACGUCCUCGUCCAGAGAAGUUUAGUCCAGCCGAAAGACGUACACCUAUUAAACACCCAGACAACCUUAAACCGGAAGGAGAGUUUGUUGGCAAACCCAAGGAUGACUUCACUCCAACCAGAGGAGACAGAGCUCCGGUUAAGAGACCUGAAGACAAUCUGAAACCUGAAGGUCCGUUCGAAGGCCGACCCAAGGACGAUUAUCAACCCGUUCGUGGUGAACGAGUUGAAAUAGUGAAGCAUACGGAUAACCUUCGAAUGGAGGGAGACAUCGAAACCUACAGAUCCAGGGAUGAAUACACGGACUUCGUGAUCCGUGAAAAGGCGGAAGUUACGAGAUACCAGGACAACCUGCGAAUGGAGGGUGAAUUUACCGAUGUAAGAACCAGAGACGACUUCAAGGUUGUGAGAGGGGAACGCGCCGAUAUCGUGAGACAUCCUGACAAUUUGAAACCGGAAGGUCCAUUCGAAGGUCGUCCGAAGGAUGAUUAUUCUCCCAAGAGAGCAGAGAGGCCGGAAGUCAAGCGUCCAGAGGACAAUUUGAAGCCUGAAGGAGAGUUUGAAAAACCUGAAAAGAAACCCGUUGGACCGGCUGAGAGGAGGACUCCCAUCAAACACGCCGACAACUUGAAACCGGAAGGAGAAUUCGAGAGGCCUAAACCGGAAGAGUUCAGACCAGCUGAGAGACCAAUCGUGAAGAAACCGCAAGAUAAUCUGAAGCCUGAAGGUGAAUUCAUUGGACGUCCAAAGGAAGAGACGCCAACCAGAGGCGAAAGAGCGGAUGUCAGGAGACCGGAAGACAACCUGAAACCGGAAGGCACCUUCGAGAGACCAGAGAAGAAGCCUGUUGGACCUGCAGAGAGGCGUACUCCUAUCAAACACCCUGAUAAUUUGAAAACGGAAGGCGAAUUCGAAAGACCGAAACACGAAGAGUACAGGCCUGCUGAGAGGCCAGAGGUUAAGAAACCGAAGGAUAACUUGAAGCCGGAAGGUGAAUUUAUCGGACGUCCGAAAGAGGAAGCUCCGCGAAGAGGUGACAGAGCUGACGUGAAGAGACCCAAGGACAAUCUCUACCCUGAAGGAGAGUUUGAGAAACCCCAACCGAAGAAGAUCGGUCCAGCGGAGAGGAGAACACCCAUUAAACAUCCUGAUAACUUGAAGCCCGAGGGUGAAUUUAUUGGAAGGCCAAAGGAGGAAGCUCCAAAGCGUGGCGAACGGGCAGACGUGAAGAGACCUCAGGACAAUCUUCGCCAAGAGGGUGAGUUUGAGCGACCGCAAAAGACUCCGGUUAAACCUGCUGAGAAGCGCACGCCCAUCAAGCAUCCUGAUAACUUGAAACCCGAAGGAGAAUUUGUUGGUAAACCAAAAGAUGAUUACAAACCAACAAGAGGGGAACGUGCCGACGUGAAGAGACCCGAGGAUAAUCUCAAACCUGAAGGACCAUUCGAAGGUAGACCCAAGGAUGACUUCGUAGCUGUUCGUGGUGAACGCGUCGACAUCGUCAAACGAACUGACAACCUUCGUAUGGAAGGAAACAUAGAGACGUACAGGUCCAGGGACGAGUACACCGAUUUCCUGGUUCGCGAGAGAGCAGAGGUGACCAAGUAUGAAGAUAAUUUACGAAUGGAAGGUGAGUUCACGGAUGUGAGAACCAGAGAUGAUUUCAAAGUCGUGAAAGGCGAACGCGUGGAAGUGGUGAAACAUCCGGACAAUUUGAAACCAGAGGGUCCGUUCGAGGGUCGCCCGAAAGACGAUUAUUCGCCGAAGAGAGCGGAAAGGCCGGAGAUCAAGAGACCGGAAGAUAACUUGAAACCGGAGGGAGAGUUUGAGAGACCACAGAAGAAACCCGUUGGUCCUGCUGAAAGACGAACACCUAUUAAACACGAGGAUAAUCUGAAACCUGAGGGUGAAUUUAUUGGAAGACCGAAGGAACAGGCGCCGAAGAGGGGCGAAAGGGCAGACGUAAAGAGGCCAAAGGAUAACUUGAAAUCAGAAGGAACCUUCGAGAGGCCAGAGAAGAAACCGGUUGGUCCUGCCGAGAGGAGAAGUCCCAUCAAACAUCCGGACAAUUUGCGUUCAGAAGGAGAGUUCAUUGGACGUCCUAAAGAGGAGGCGCCUGUCAGAGGUGAACGAGCGGAUGUGACCAGGCCGAAAGAUAAUUUGAAACCGGAAGGAGAAUUCCAGAGACCUCAGAAAUCUCCGGUUGGUCCGGCAGAGAGGAGAACACCGAUACGUCACGAAGACAAUCUCUAUCCUGAAGGAGAAUUCGCGGGACGACCGAAGGAUGACUUUACUCCGAAACGUGCUGAGAGGCCGGUACAAAAGAAACCCAAGGACAAUUUGAAACCCGAGGGUGAAUUCACUGGCAAGCCCAAGGACGAUUACAAACCCACGAAAGGAGAGAGGACCGAGAUCGUGAUCCAGAGAGACAACUUGAAGAUGGAAGGUGACAUUGACAUCCACAGGUCCAGGGACGAUUAUAAAACCAUCACCAAGGUGGAGCGCGUUGAUGUUGUUCGUCGAGAGGAUAAUCUGAAAAUGGAGGGUGAAUUCAUUGACAUUCGAAGACGCGACGAUUACAGAGUGACUCGUGGAGAACGCAGCGAGAUCGUCAGACACGAAGAUCACCUUCGACCUGAAGGAGAAUUCGAGAAACCAGAGAAGUCUCCGGUUGGUCCCGCUGAAAGAAGGACGCCCAUUAAACACCCUGAUAAUCUGAAGCCUGAAGGACAAUUCGCGCAACGUCCUAAGGCACCCACGCCCACCAAGGGUGAGAGGGCACCGGUCAAGAAGCCCAAGGACAAUCUUAAACCCGAAGGAGAAUUUGAGAGGCCUCAGAAGUCUCCAGUUGGCCCAGCAGAGAGACGCUCGCCCAUCAAACAUCCAGAUAAUCUCCACCCAGAAGGAGAAUUCACUGGAAGACCUCGGCAAGAGACUCCAACGAGAGGAGAACGCGCCGAUGUUAAGAGACCCAAGGACAAUCUCCACCCUGAAGGUGAGUUUACCAAACGAACGCCUCAGAAGGUAGGUCCAGCCGAAAGACGGACUCCGAUUCGUCACGAGGACAACCUCCACCCAGAAGGCGACUUCUACAUCGUGCCGAAGGACGACUACUCUCCCAAGCGAGGCGAACGUGCUCCUGUUAGGAAACCUCAGGAUAAUCUGAGACCAGAAGGCGAAAUGGAAGUCAGUCCUUCGUCCAAGGACGAUUACAGACACGUUAAUGGAGAACGAAUGGAAAUACGUCGGCAUGAAGAUCAUCUUAAGAUGGAGGGAGAGAUAGACGUUCGUCGUUCGAGGGACGAUUACAAGAAGGUUACCAAGGUCGAGAGGGUAGACGUGAGGAAGCGGGAAGAUAAUUUGAAGAUCGAGGGUGAGUUCAUCGACGUGCGACGCAAGGACGACUACACGCACGUCGCCGUUGAACGCACACCGGUUAAGAAGCACCCAGACAAUCUCCGACCCGAAGGAGACUUCGAGCGUCCUCAGAAAUCUCCUCAAGGACCCGGGGAGAGAAGGUCGCCCAUCAAACACUCGGACAAUUUGAAGCCGGAGGGAGAUUUCAUAGGAAGAUCACGAGAUGAUUUCACCCCGAAGAGAGGCGAAAGGGCAGAGGUGAUUCGUCGCGAGGAUAACCUGAAGAUGACCGGCGACUUCCAAGACAGCACCUCGCAGAGAUCUACCUACACGGUGGUGCGUGGAGAACGCGCUGAGAUCAAGCGUCACGAGGACAAUCUGAAAGUCAGCACCGCGUCUAUGGAAACUAAAACAACCAACAGAGACACGUUCGCGCCUACCAAGAAGGAGGAUUCUCCAGCUGGAAAGACCGUCAAUCGCAGACACCAUAUGGAAUCCUCGAUCACCCUCGGCGAUGACGUUUCCAUGAUCUCCACCGCCAAUCAGAGGAACUUCAACACCUUCACUAAACGCACUGGCAAGGAGGUCGCCGCCAAAAUCAGCAGCAUGGAGUCAGAUACCAAGAGAAACGUCAGCACAGAAUCCAAGAUUCUGGAGAACGGUACGGUGAUUACAACAGCUAAGAAGAUCACUUCUGCUCAAGCUGCCGAACGUAUAUCCUCUCAGAACGUUCAACAUCAUACUCAGAUAGAUUCCAGGAACAAUCAUCAGUAUACGAACGAGCAUCAUCAGAGAGUACACUCCAGUGAACACCUAAGGUCGCAGAAUGUCAGCCAAACUCGACGUCAAUUGGAUGACAAGUCGUCUACCGAUGUCCAGAGUUAUCGCGGGCAGCUGGUAGACAGCAGACACAGCGAGCAGCACCUGAAACAGUUGGAAAGGCAGCAGCAAGAAAGCAGCAAACGCGAUUACGUGAAUACUCAACACGUGGAGUCGCGACAGACAGCGAGCAGACAGAAGCAGCAACACGAACAGCAUACCAUCUCCAGCCAGGCUCGUUAUAAUUCUAAUCAGUCGAGUAGCGCUGAGUUUAGACAGGCUAUCAGUGGUCAAUCGGAAAGAUCGCAAUUAGAGAGUACCUUUACGAAGACCAGUCAUCACAGGAAGAACGUGAUCUCUUCGUCGGCCGCGGAUGUGACCAACGCGGUACUCCACAGACGCGGGGUUACUUCCUCUACGGAGGCUCUUCACACGAUCUCUUCAACAGCUGCUGAUCAGAAGAAGAGCAUCUCGAACCUGGCUGAAAGUGGUCAAUACAUUAGCAAUUCGAGUCAGAGUAACGAUAGACGAAGUUUGACAUCUCUUCACCGUAGCAAUAAGGAAGGGAACCCUUGGGCUUCGUCCACUUACGAGCGUCCGCAGAGAAUCGUGCGACAGGACAAUUUGACCGUUGGUGGGAAAUUCUAUUCGCACAGCGAAGCUAAAAAUUACGGGAACUUCGCCAGUCAGAAGGUCGAAAGAGUUAAGAGACAGUCCAAUGUGUCUCAUAUCAAUCUUGGCGAUGGUACCACUGUCACCUCCAGCAUGUACAAAAAGGAAUUCGUGCCCAGACACAAGGGACCCUGUCCAGCAGCACUCAUAGAGGCGAAACAGGCACCCUUUAAACACACCAGGGACACGCCGAAACAUAAGUUCUACAUGCCGGUCGUUUCGAAUUAAUUUAUUAGCCGACAUGAUUACAAAACAUCGUUCGUAAUUAUUGAACGCCAUGGCGAGGAUCACGCUAAUUCGUUUAGUAAUUGAAAGUCUACCGAGUAAUCGGUAAAAUUAAUUGUUUCCUUUCUUCUACAUUUCAUGAAAUGAUUUGUAUUUGUAAGUCGUUAAGAAUCUCAUUUUAUUUAUUUAAAAAUAUAUUUGGCGGCGAAGACGUAAUUAAAAUAAAAAAUAAAAAAUUAAAAAAAAAGACGAGAAACGCCUUCGCAAAAGAAUAAAUUUAUUUGUUAGUUACUUUUUCUGAUAGCUUUUGCAAUGAAAAGCUAAAGAUAUAAAUUAGUUUUCUUUUUUUUUAGGUAUAUUGAAUUUGUGGUGCUCACAUGGCAAUACACACAUAAGAAUUAUAAUAUUUUUUUGUUACAAAAUUUUCUAUUGUUUAGAAUUGUUAAAAGUUAUCCAAGUCCAACAAAAUUAAGUCUGUAAGAGUAAACUAAAUUGCAGGCUGUGACGAACUCGUAUUUCUGGAAAACUGUAUUGAUGUUACAGUCAGUUUAAAAACACCCUAAAAAACGACACAAUUGACUGUGAAAGAGUUCGUUGAGAUUUCUGUUCACUUUAAGCCACGUGUAUUACAAAGCAAUAAGUAGAGCUUAAAUCCGUGAUACGUGGGCGAAUCUGAUUAUUGUAUCAGGUUCGAUCGACACUUAGGGUAUAUAAAGAGGUCAUCACGUGUAGCGUCAGCUUUGUUUUUUAUUUAAUCGUAUCUUUUAUAUGCAACAGCCAUAUUCAUUGUUAAGAAUUAGGGAGAGAAUAUUCAUCGAUCGUCUGGAUGGGCAAAAUAUAGAAUAAUGUUCCAUGGCAAUGAACCCAGAUACCAUUAACUCUUUGCUACCAAUAGCAAUAAAUAAAGACACGAAUGAAGGAACAGGACAAGAUCGAUUGAAUAUUAUUCUCCCUGCACUAUUAUCUUGCUGGUAUAUCACCCUCUCCUAUUUUCCGUUUAACAUUCUGCCAGUUAUAAUUAACCGUCGUGCUUUAAUAAGUUUAUUGUAAUCGUUUUGAUGUUAAUUCCAGGCACAGCCGAGAAGAUUUUAUAAUUUCGUAGGUCCUAUCGACGCUGCAUAUGUUCCUUUAUGGAACGGAUUACUAUUUUUUGUUUCUUUACUUUAUUUUUUGGUUUAUAUAUGUUCUUGAUAGAAUAAAGACGUUUUACAAUUUA